AACAACAAAAACAAUACCGACGAAGAAUUGUGAAUGAUUUCGUGAUUGGCUAUUCGAUGAAGUUAUUGGUGGAUAUUCGCCUGGCAAAAACCAACAGCAAGCAAGAGCCAACGAUACACUCCAACAGACAAGAAGCAGAGACGAGCGAGUGGCGGUGUGUGUGUGUGUGGCUGUGCACUCGCUGACAGACUGAACACUCCAACAACAGACAGACAAGCAUGGACAACGCCUGCUACACCCUCAUCAACACUGAUGAGGGCUUUGAACCCAUGACGGAGAUGGAGCUCCGCAAAGCCCUCGAGAGCAACAAGGUUGGCGUCAAGGCACACGCUCUCAAGACCGCCAUCCUCAUGCUUCUCAGCGGCGAGAAGCUCCCCUCGCUUCUCAUGACGGUGAUUCGCUUCGUCAUGCCGUGCGACGACCAUCUGGUCAAGAAGCUGCUUCUGGUCUUUUGGGAAGUGGUGCCAAAGUACGGGCCAGACGGCAAGCUGCUUCACGAGAUGAUUCUUGUGUGCGACGCCUACCGCAAGGAUCUCGUGCAUCCGAACGAGUACGUGCGGGGGUCCACGCUGCGCUUCCUCUGCAAGCUCAAGGAGCCUGAGUUGCUUGAACCACUGAUGCCCUCCAUCCAAGAGUGCCUCACAAACCGCCACAGCUACGUCCGCCGCAACGCCGUGCUGGCCAUCUACACCAUCUACAAGAACUUUGAGCACCUCAUUCCGGACGGCCCCGAGCUCAUCCAAAAGUUCCUCGAGAAGGAGACGGACGCGUCGUGCAAGCGCAAUGCAUUUAUGAUGCUGACCACUGCCGACCAGAGCCGCGCGCUGGAGUACCUUGCCACGUGCAUUGACCAAGUCCACACAUUCAAUGAGAUCUUGCAGCUCGUCAUUGUCGAGCUCGUCCACAAGGUGUGCCGCCAAGACUCGGCGCAGCGGUCCAAGUUCAUCCGCGUCAUCUACAACCUGCUCGACUCGUCCUCGGCCGCCGUGCGCUACGACGCUGCCGGCACGCUGCUCACCCUGUCGACUGCGCCAACAGCGGUCACUGCCGCCGCCAAGUGCUUCACGGGCCUCAUCAUGAACGAGAGCGACAACAACGUCAAGCUGAUUGUGCUUGACCGCCUCAUCCGGCUGAAAGAGAACCCAAACAACGAGCGGGUGAUGCAGGACAUGUGCAUGGACAUUAUCAAGGUGCUCAGCGCUCCAGACCUCACCGUGCGCCGCAAGACGCUCGACCUGGUCAUGGAGCUCGUCUCCAACAGAAACGUCUCCGAGGUCGUCAUGUUCCUUCAGAAGGAGCUUGCCAAGACGUCAAGCCAAGAAGGGUUUGAGAAGAACUCCGAGUACAAGCAGGUGCUGGUACGCACCCUGCAUCAGCUUGGCGUGCGCUUCCCGGACGUUGCGUCCACCAUCGUGCCGCAGCUCAUGGAGUUCCUCUCCGAUUCGGACGAGAAGGCCGUAGCCUCUGCCGUAGACGUGAUUGUGUUUGUGCGCGAGGCGUUUGAGCGGCUGCCUGCGCUGCGGUCCGAAAUGCUCGGCUCGCUCCUCUCCAGCUUCUCCCAGAUCAGCGUGGCCAAGAUUCUUCGCGCCACCGUCUGGAUCAUCGGCGAGUACGCAAACACCCAGCGUGACAUUGAGGCCGCAAUCGCAGAAAUCAAGCGGUCGCUUGGCUCGCUGCCGAUUGUUGAUACGGAGCUUGCUGAGGCUGCUGAGGCCGAGGCGGCAGAGGAGGAGCAGGGCAGCGAGCCAAAGGUCGUCACCCGCACCCGCAUCACCGCAGACGGCACAUACGCCACAGAGAGCGUCUACACGUCCACAGACAAGAAGAAGGAGGAGAAGCCACCGACGCGCAAGCUGCUGCUUGGGGGCGACUUUUUCGUUGCCUCUGCCAUCAGCACAGCGCUGACGAAGCUUGCGCUCAAGUACGGCCACACGUCCGCGUCUGACGCCGACAAGAACAAGCUCACGGCCACGGCCAUGCUCAUGAUGGUCAGCAUGGCUCACCUCGGCAAGACCAACAUCCCCGAGAAGCCCUGCCCGGCCGACUGCGCCUCGCACAUCAUGGCGUGUGUGCACACGCUUGCGAGUCCCACACCGGAGUUGGAGCAGCUGUUCCUCGACCGCUGCCAUCGCGCAUUUGUCGACAUGCUCGAGACACUCAAGUCCCACCACGAGCACUUCAAGGCAAAGGAAACCUCCAAGGUGAUCAAGGCACAGGCUGACGAUCCAAUCACCUUCCGCGCUCUCAGGGUGAAGGCUGAGGAUGAGUUUAUGGACGACGACGACGAGAUGCUGCUGUCCAAGGCCACUGGCGCUGACACGAAGGAGGAGUCAUCCUCAAAGCUGAGCAAGGUGUUCCAGCUCAGCGGCUUUUCAGACCCGGUCUACGCAGAGGCAUAUGUCAACGUCCACCAAUACGACAUCCACCUCGAUGUGCUUGUUGUGAACCAGACACCAGACACGCUGCAGAACCUGACGCUUGAGCUGGCGACGCUCGGUGACCUCAAGCUCACGGAGAAGCCCCAGUCGUACACCCUCGGGCCCCACGACUUUCGUAACAUCAAGGCAAACGUCAAGGUGUCAUCGACGGAGACGGGCAUCAUCUUUGGCAACAUUGUGUACGAUGUGUCGGGUGCCACCUCGGACCGCAACUGCGUCAUCCUCAACGACAUCCACAUUGACAUUAUGGACUACAUCACGCCUGCAAUGUGCAGCGAGGUGGAGUUCCGCGCCAUGUGGGCCGAGUUUGAAUGGGAGAACAAGGUGAGCGUGCGCACGAGCAUCACCGACCUCAACGCGUACCUCAAUCACAUCAAGCAGACAACCAACAUGCAGUGCCUCACGCCAGACUCGGCGCUCACGGGCGACUGCAACUUCCUGGCCGCCAACCUGUAUGCCAAGAGCGUCUUUGGCGAGGACGCCCUUGCAAACCUCAGCAUAGAGAAGGGCCCCGAUGGACAGAUCACUGGCCACAUCCGCAUCCGAUCGAAAACUCAAGGCAUCGCCCUCAGCCUCGGCGACAAGAUCACCCUGCACCAGAAAGAGGCCCAGCACUGAUUCUCUUCCCCCUUUCAAACCUGCCUUGCUUGCUUGUCUUGCUUGCGUUGGGAUGAAUGCGUGUGGGUCGUCUGCGUUACUGGUUUUGUCCAUGUUGUGUGAAUGUGCGCGCGCGCGUGUGUAUCGUGUGUGUGUGUGUGCGUGCGUGUGUGCGUGUGUGCGUGUGUGUGCGUGCGUGUGUGUGUCGUGAUUGUUAGCAAGCGCCACCCCCAUACCAAAGCUACAACUGACCAACCUCAAGCAAACACCAACACCA